AUGUCGGCCGACGACAACUUACCAUGGACAACAUCGCGGUGUAAUCGCCUGUUACGACCACUUUCAUCCAAACUCGCCAAACUCCGGAAAGAACUCGAGCGACCGCGAUCGGCGGCCGGCGAACCACGAGCUGCUUCUUCGGCCUUCGCGACGAAAGGAUCACCACACAAGACCACAAACUUUACCAGACCUGUACACAAGCCUCGAGGAUUCGACAAGGCUAGCGAUCCGGACUGGAAACCAGGCGUAAAGCCUGUGUCAAGCAAGAGGACUUAUGGAGGCCGUGGGAGAAGGAAGGUGCUUGGUGUGCAAAGGGGCGACUCGAGUGUCAGUCAUGUAGCUCGCCCAGGCGAAAUUGCAUUUACACCACUUGUAGCGAGGAUGGGCACGCAGCUGCAGAGUAGCCCAAUGGCCCAGAUAUCCCCGUUGAAGAAGUAUGGAAAAAACAAAGGGCCGCUCUUGGUUGGGUUCGACCUCUCCCAGGCCCCGAAGCAUCUGUCUGCAGAUGUACACAAGCUUGUACAGGGCCUGCUGGAAGCAUACGCGAACCUUUUACAAGCUACUACCACCGGGAAUGAGAAGAGAUGGAAAGGCACUAGGCCGCUCAUGAGUACUUGCUUACGGAAGAUGCCUGCAUAUAUUGAACUGGAAGAGCAUUUUGCCAAGAUGGACAAGUUAGAGGAAGAGGAGGACGAUGAUCGUGAUAUCAGCAAUGAGAUUUACGAGCACCUGGAGCUUGUUUUCGAACAGCGAGUAGGCAGUGGGUGGCGUCCUUUCAAACAGGUCGUACGAGCACAUGCUACUUCAUUGCUCUGCAAUGCAAUCAGCGACGAACUAUUGGGUCUGGAUAGUCUAUCGGUAUUGGUCACGCAUUGUCUGAAUGUCUCAGCAUGGGAUGAAGCUGAGAGACUACUAUUGGCCUACGUACCCCUGAUCGAAGCACUGGUUAUGCCCGUUUACAUCAAAUCAGACCUUUUUGAUGCGCAAAGGCAACCUUACCUCAACCUGUUCCGACGUUUCGUUCAACGCACCGGUCGCUUUCGCUUGAUGUACGAUCUUCUCCAGCACUUGGUCGCACUGGAACUUCUACCACUCGAGUGGCUGGCCACUGAAUGCAUGCGUCCAUUGUGGGAUCGUCUGGUUCGGACCAUCUCGGAAAACGAUCAUCGCACCCUCAACAAUGCCUUUCGAUUUAUGGAGACUGUCACACUAGCAAGCGUAGGUUUGCCAGAUGCCCGAUUGCUUGAAGAUGAAAUGACAGGGUCGACUUCUCGAAGAUUUGUACCCUCAUCGCGAGAGGAACUACGACUAGCGCUAAAUACGACCUUCUCAAGUCUUCUCACGGUGCUUUGUAGCAUAGCACUCGUCAGCAACAAUCGCGAGGAUUCUGCUGGUAAAGUGGUGGCGCAGCGGAUCACGCAGGUUCUAGAUGCUGUUGCUGUUGCCAUGUCAAUAAGAGAGGACUUUCACGACGAAUUGAGACUGCUAGAUGCGGAUCCAGAGGAUGCCCAGACUUUUGCGCAACGAGCUCUUUCAAUCAACUUCGCCACGGUGCUCGUACACCUAGAGGGAUGCAGCGAUGUGUCGAAGCCAUUUUUGCGCAUUUCAACUCUGAAUGAUAUCGUCAAUUGGACAGCUACCCAAUUCAACAUCAAGGGCAUCAACUUCGCGACCGUUUUAGCGGGAUUGCCUUCCCUUGUUGCAUCGAUAGCGCGCGGUACUGGACGCAUAUGGCAAGAUGACGGUUUUGAUCAGAUCCAACGCUUGGUCGCAACGUUGAUGUCCACCUCUGGCCUCCGGUUACCACACAAGCUGUGGACGCUGAAGCGCGUCGCGUUGGAGUCUGCCAUGGAAUUUGCGUAUGGUACAGGCGAUGUUGAGCACAUGGUUUUCGCUCGCAGCAUCGAAGAAACCAUGCGGACUCAGGGCCGAGUGGUGAUAGUCCAGUCUCCCGAAAAGGAUGCGCCACCUACUGCGGGGGGCGGGUUCAAGUGGGAAGAGGGCAUUGGCGAGUGGGUAGCGUGUACGCCUUUUGCUAAACAUAACGUCAAGCGUCAGGCAAGAAAGCCUAUUCGAGCACUGGAUCUACUCCCUACGCCCAUUCAGUCUGAGGAUGAGAAGGGAUUGGCCUCGGAGAACGACAGCGGACUACUAUGUGGAGAUGAGGACUCGCUUUGGGAGGCGACAGCAUUCCCAUUCGAGGACGAUGGAGAUGCAGUUCCGCAGUCCUCGCCCAUAAAGAAAGCCCUGCCAAUGUCCAUCUCCUCACUAGGCAAACGAACGCGUGCUUCUUCACCUAUGGUACUCAUUUCUUCAAAACGAAUGCAGAUGACCCCCCCCGGCAGCCCUACAGUUCCAUUCUACCCAAUGUUGCAAGACGAUAUCCAAGUUGAAGAGAAGCGAGAAGAAAGAGAGGGUGCACCGCGCCGCUCCCGUCGUUCAAAAUUAGGUGUCAAAGAUAUCACCUCGCGGCUACGAACACAGCGUUCCCGGCGAUCGCUCGAGAGCGGGCUUCGCAAUAUUCGGCGGCCGACUUACAUUGAGCCUGAUGACGUGGAUGACAGCGAAAUGGAAAAUCCUUCGUUGGAGGACGAUGAAGAAGCAGCGUCGCCCUCAUCGCCAGCCCCUCCACUAAGACCGCAUAAACGACUACGCACAUCCCUACGACGCCGUACUUCACACCACCACCAAACCUAUGAGGACAAGAAACUCGAUCUCGAAGAUGAAGACGAAGACGACAAAGAAAAAGAAGACCCGGACGAACUCGCCAAGACUCCCGUCCGCCCUCGGGCCUGGGCCCGCCGCACACGCACAUCCCGCCGCCAUGCCUUGCCCAAAACACAAAUUUGCAAGCACCGGUUGGCGAUGAGGAAGCGUCUCGCUACCUUUGCGGAGAGUGAGGCUGGAAGUGGGAGUGAAGACGAAUUGAGUUUCCAAUAG